UUACCUGACACAAAUUAUUCCUGUCAAAUCGUUUUGACAAUUAAAUAAAGGGGUUUUAAAGGUUUUAUUAUUAGCAUAAGCGUCGUAAACGUGUAACUAGAAGACACAAUUCAAAUGGAGGAAAUAGAAAUAUCAAAGGUACACACAGUUUUUCGCGAUCAGCCAAUUUCGUGUCCUUGGAUUACCACUCAACCUUAUCCAUCAACAGAGGCGAUCAAAAAUAAACUAAACGAAUUUGUGAAGAAUCACGGACAGGCUUUAAAUAACACCUCGAAAAUUUCUUCUACUGAUGCUCAAUCCUCCUCAACACAUUUCUUCUACUUUUUACGUCUGAUGCAACUGUUUCCUGAUACCCAUCCGGCAACUUUGCACACUGUACUGACUUUAAGUAAGAACAACUUUUUCUAUGCAAUUGAUAAACUUCUUUAUGCCAAAAAGUAUAAGAGUAACUAUACAAGGAAACAAACAUAUCCCUACAAAAAUACUAGAGGCAGAGGAAGUUACACAGGUGUUAGAGGUAGAGCAGCCUUUAACAGGAACCAUCAACAGUAUCAACCGGUAUCAAGAUCUAUAUCUGAUGAUUUAGCGGAGGUGCAAAGAAUAAUUGGACUGGCAGAAAAACCUUACAUAGACGUGCAAGCGAUGGCUUCAGAUGAAAAUAGUCAUGUAGCAAAUGGACAGCAAAAUAUAAAUACAGCUCAUCAAGUUGUUAAUAUCUGUAUGGAAAAUACAGAUCAAGGCGUGGCAGGCAGUCAAACGUUUAUUGAUAAUGAAACCCAGGAAGUGAUCGAGAUCGUAUGUUUUGAAAACGAUCAACAAAUUGAGGAACAAAAGGUCGACGAUCAUAUGGAAUUAGAAUCGUUUACCGACAAUGCAAUCGAAAAUAGUUAUUUAAAGAAUCAAGAGCCGCCUGUUAUUGUAGUUGACGGUAUAAACGAAUUGAAUGUGGAUGGUGAAGUCAAGAAAGGGUGCAGUGAUCUACGCCAGCUGGAUAUGGAAUUAGAAAUGAACAAUCCGAAAACAAUUGAUAAUUAGGUUAUAAAUAAGUAUUCCAUCCUAUUUAUUAUUUUACUUCAACAUUUAAUCUGUUUAAAAAAUAACUGUUAAUAAAAGCACUUUGUAAUAUAUCUAAU